AUGAGAGCUUUUGCCGAAGCUUUAUCUGUGUGCCUCUGUGUUUUGAUUAUAUACGACCCCGCCUUAAGAGUUCAAUCCUCUUCGUCUGAUAACACGCAAUGCAAAGCAUGGCUGGUUCAAUCCAUCCCCAGCGACAUGCCCCACCUAGCUCCUGUUCCCGGCCUUCUUCGUACCGCUGAUGUAUUCCGAUGGAUGGCUGGGAAUUCGUCGAGGAGCCUUGACAUAAUUGCGCAAUACUGGCAGUUGAUAGCUCAUCCGGACGAUCCUCGUUCAGGGGACUAUGGAUAUUCAAAAGAUGACAUGUUGAGAUUUGGGGCUAACGAAGGAUAUGAAGUUUAUCGAGCAUUAGAUAAUGCAGCUGAUCGCAACAUUAGUAUGAGAUUUUUACAGCACUCUGGAUUCUAUCCGGACUAUACACAGGAACCAUCCGCCCUCGCAGCAGGGAGACCAAAUGUGGAGAAUGUCACCUUGUUACUUAAGGACUGGUGGGGGUCUGGUAUCGUCCACGCUAAGGUUUGGAUAUCGGAUAGUCGAGACGCGUACAUUGGAUCAGCAAACAAUGACUGGAAAUCUCUCACUCAGGUGAAGGAAGUUGGGGUUUAUCUUGCUGGCUGUCCAAGAAUUGUGAAGAAGGUUGGGAUUUACUUUGAAAACUUGUGGAAACUAGCCCAUCUCAACUCUUCACUUUACACAAAACUUGUCACCGAUCAGCAAUGGCAGACCGUUAGAAAGGUUCCCUGCUGGUCGUAUUUCCUCCAACCGAAAGAUAGAUGCAAAUCACCUCUUCCCAAAUACGUGAAGAUCGAACAUACAUUAGGCUAUCCAUCGCUUUCAGACCCUGACAGGUUCCACAUUUCCAUCGAAACUCCUGCAACAAACAAUUCAGCAUCACAGCAUCAGCCCUCCUACCUGUCUUUCGCUCCACCAGAGCUAUUGUUCGACAAGUAUCAGUCAGACGAGCAGGCCUGGAUCGACACCAUCAAAUCAGUCGGAGAUGGAGACACUGUAAGAAUAAGCACCAUGGAUUGGCUUGGUCAAUCUGCAUACAUGACACAGACAGUGUAUUGGGCUUCCCUGUCUUCAGCUAUAUCCGAGGUUGUUUACAGCAAACAUGCCACCGUGAAGUUGCUGGUCUCGUACUGGGCUCAUUUCCUUGACAACACAGACAUGUACCUGAAGUCACUGCUCUACACGAACAACCUAUGUUCGUCUUCCAAGUACAACGACUGCCAUGGAAAAGUCGAGAUCAAGUACUACAUCGUUCCAGGUUUCAACCAGACCGGGCCUGCCAAGACCAGCAAUGGUACGGCCACUGGGAACGUGUAUCCGGGCUUCACAAGAGUGAACCACGGGAAGUAUGCUGUGAGCGAUGUACGAGGCCAUAUUGGGACGAGCAAUCUCGUGUGGGACUACUUCUAUGCAGAUGCAGGGCUCAGUUUCGGAACCUAUAACCUUGGCAUUGUGUCUCAGCUGCAACAAAUCUUUGAUGCUGAUUGGGAUUCACCCUAUGCAGUGCCUGUUGAGCCAUUGGUGUCUUCUUAA